AUGGCAAAGCUUUUCCACAUGAUUGUCCUCUUCAUGGCUGCCAUGUCAUCCAUCGUCAAACCAUAUGACGUUCUUCUCCAUGCCUACCAUGGACUUGCUGGUAAUAAUCUGCAAGAGCCUUGGCAGGUGGUGCAACUAUGUUUAAAAUACAACAUUCGUCGUGUUCGGUUGUACGAACCAAACCUUGAUGUUAUCGAAGCAUUUCGUGGCAUGGGAAUCGACCUCCCUUUCAGUGAGCCCAAUAGCUUGAUAACAAACAUGGCCCCCAAUGACUCUGCGAUGGGGGAGAGGUUUAACAUCUACAUAGAUCCCUUCAUAGGUGAUUUCAUCAUCAACUACAUCAUUGUCGGUGAUGAAGCCAUUCCUGGGCUUGACAAUGACAUAUUACCGGUCAUGAAAUCCUGA